AUGGACUAUAAGCCAAGUUAUAAGAACAUAUAAAUUUAUGACAUAAAUUUAGCUGAGAACGUGCCAAAAGACAAAGCAACGACAAAAAGAGUAGGCCUAGAACAAUAUAGGGUAAUUUAGACAUUCAAUUUUAUUUUUUACAGCUAACACCAAAAUGUUACAGUGGUUAGCUAGGAAAACAGGUAGAGCAUAAAGGUGAAUUUAUCCAAUCAGACCAAGCAUAGUACUUUUAAUCUUUUCUUUUUCAGUGUAAAUUUCUUAAACAAGAGGAUAGAAUCAAGCAAAAAAUUUUUGAGCAUAUCCAAAUAGCAAGCAUACUAGUAAAGUAAUUCUUAAAGGAAGGAUUAAUAUAAUAAAAGUACAUUUGUAUAGCUUAAAUAAAGACAACAAGCAUACCUACUAAAUAAUAUCUAUUUGAGAUAGUAUUUUAGUAUUGUAUAUCAACAGUAUUCAUAUUACUAUAAAGAGAAAAGAUAAUUAUUCAGCAAGCUCUAACAACUCAAUCUUUUUUAACCUCUGUGGAAACUUACUUAUAUUACAGCAAUUAGUAAAUACCGCAUGCAUCAUAUCAAUAUCUUCAAUAAGAGAUUUAUUUAAUUGAUUAAUUUAUGUAUUAUUUAUCUUUUAUUACAGAUGUAGUUUAUGUAAGCAAGCUUUAAUAAAUAUAUUCGUAUUACAAUUAAAAAUUAAAGAAAAAAGUAUAAAUCUUACAUGUAAUCUAAUUUUCCAGGCAAAAUCAAAUAAAUUUAUUCUACGUCUUAUUAAAAAUUAAUAUUUUACUCUGAAAAAUCUUUUUUUCGCUAUGAAAAAUGA